CGCGGAGACGCCGCCGCCGGGUCGUUGCGGGGUCGAGCGGCGCGCCGGAAGCCGUGCCCCGGGCUGUCCGUCUUCCCGCGGCGCCGGAAGUGUGCGCCCACUGCGAGGGUCCGGCCCGAGGGUCGGGGGCGAGGCCGCCAUGGCUGAGGGCGGCAGCCGCCCCGGGCCUGCAGGUCCUAAUCUGAAGGAGUGGCUCCGGGAACAGUUCUGUGACCAUCCGCUGGAGCACUGUGAGGACACGCGGCUCCACGAUGCGGCCUACGUGGGUGACCUCCCGACCCUCAGGAGCCUGCUGCAGGAGGAGAGCUACCGCAGCCGUAUCAACGAGAAGUCCGUCUGGUGCUGUGGCUGGCUGCCCUGCACGCCACUGCGGAUCGCGGCCACUGCGGGCCAUGGGAACUGUGUGGACUUCCUCAUCCGCAAGGGCGCCGAGGUGGACCUGGUGGACGUGAAGGGACAGACGGCCCUGUAUGUGGCUGUGGUGAACGGGCACCUGGAAAGCGCCCAGAUCCUCCUGGAAGCGGGCGCUGACCCCAACGGAAGCCGACACCAUCGCAGCACACCCGUCUACCAUGCUUCCCGCGUGGGGCGGGCCGACAUUCUGCAGGCCCUCAUAAGGUACGGGGCCGACGUGGACAUCAACCACCACCUGACCGCUGACACGCGGCCCUCCUUCUCCCGGCGCCUCACCUCCCUCGUGGUCUGUCCCCUGUACAUCAGUGCAGCCUACCACAACCUCCAGUGUUUCAAGCUGCUCCUGCAGGCUGGGGCCAACCCCGACUUCAACUGCAAUGGGCCCGUCAACACCCAGGAAUUCUACAGGGGCUCCCCCGGGUGCGUCAUGGACGCUGUCCUGCGCCACGGCUGUGAGGCGGCCUUCGUGAGCCUGCUAGUUGAGUUCGGGGCCAACCUGAACCUGGUGAAGUGGGAGUCCUUGGGCCCAGAGGCGAGGAGCAGGAGGAAGGUGGACCCCGAGGCCUUGCAGGUCUUCAGAGAGGCCAGAAGUGCUCCCAGGGCCCUGCUGAGCCUGUGCCGCGUGGCGGUGAGGAGAGCUCUCGGCAAGCAUCGGCUGCACCUGAUCCACCUGCUGCCUCUGCCUGACCCCAUCAAGAAGUUUCUGCUCUAUGAGUGAGUUCGGGGGCAGCGGC